CUUUUUUUCUCUCGCUCUCUGUGUUGGUCGAUGGAAUGGAAGGAGAUUGCACGUGAGAAUGGAUGUGAAUUUAAUUGAAUAUCCUCACGCAAUUAGAGAGGGAUGUGACGCUGUAACUUUCCUUUAUCGCGCUGAGCGUUCUCGACUUUGCUCUCUCCACACCACUUUCAUUACCUUCCCACCGCCACUCUCAUUCUUGCUCCCAUCCAACAUACUCCCAUUCAUUCAUUUAUAGCCACCCAUGGAAGGAAGACACGGACAAAAAAAAGAAAAGGCCGAGUCGCCAGAGCUGCUCAAGGCCAGACAAGAGCGCGAGGCUGUUCUCGUGAAAGAGUACCGUGGCCUCAAAGAUUCGCUCAAGGAGAUCGUUGACUCCAAGAAGAGAGAUAACGAUGCUCUUCGAACCACGACGGCGUUGCUCCGGAAGAGUCCUGACUAUUAUACUAUCUGGAACGUGCGGCGAAUCAUUCUUCAAGAGGGGUUCCUCAACAGCGCGAAUGAAGAGACCGCCGAUAAGAUCUACACCAAUGAGCUCGAGUUCGUGCAAGAGAAUUUGAAGCUGAAUCCAAAGUCGUACUUUAUGUGGAACCAUCGCCGAUGGUGUCUCGAGCACAUGAACAAACCUCGUUGGGACAGAGAGUUGGCCAUGGUUAACAAAUUUCUCGAGCUGGAUGCACGUAAUUUCCAUGGAUGGGAUUACAGGAGAUAUAUUAUCAGACAGUUGGAUCUGCAGGAUAAGGGCUCAUGUGACAAGAUCCUCGAGCGCGCACAGGCAGAAUUUGACUUCACAACCACAAAGAUCAGUCAAAACUUUUCCAACUACUCUGCAUGGCACAACAGGAGCACUCUCCUUGGCAAGCUGGCCGAGGACAUGACGGAGGACGAAAAGAUGGCUGCUGUUGACAAUGAAUUUGAUCUUGUCAAGAAUGCCAUCUACACGGAUCCUGAAGACCAGAGCGCAUGGCUGUAUGAUCUAUGGCUCAUUGGACGAGGUACAUCCCCUUCUCAUCCUGGACUGCAAUUGCUAGAGCGCGAGAUUGCAGUGGUCAGAGAGCUUGUCGAACUGGAGCCAGAUUGCAAAUGUAAGAAGGGCGCCAAGGUGUUUGUUAUUUAA